AUGGUGACAACCAAUAAUAUAGACAUCACCAGUUUGGUUGGAAUAUCGCAAUUACAUCUGUUUAUCUAUGGCCGUAAUAACGUGAUGCGACUUAAUGGUAUUCGUCUGGAUAUUUGUAAAAUGUUGGACAACAGCCAAAGAAAGUCCUUGGUCACCAUGCUGUAUAAGGGCAUCAUGCAGACUGACAACAAUUUACCCAAAAAAUGUCCGUUCGAACGGAAUACCACGUAUGCCUUACGUAACAUGAAAUUCGAUGCUAGUUACUUACCCAGUUAUUUGCCGGAAUAUAAUUUCACUUACACCGGUCUGUUUCAUGCAAAUAAUGUAAACAGCUUUGAGGUGCGAGUAAUUGGCUCAUUCUGCAGUAUAAACCAUGAUUGUACCGGCCUAGCACGGCACAACAAAUCGGUCGACCCAAGAAAUUAG